UGGUGAUGCCGAAAGCGAUGGGGAAUCACAUCACCAUAAAUUAAUGUCACUGUGAGUUUUAUUUUCUAGAAAAAAUAAUGAUUGAGUAAUUUGCUUUUAUGAACAGUGGGCGGCGGGGUGCUGACCGCGGCAAACGUGAUCGGGGAGCUGAUGAUAGAAGAAACACGCAUCCGAUUGGAACGAGUCCGCCUCCCCUGCUCACAGGAUCGAUGAGCACGCAUAGCGUACUUGUGAAAACGCACCGUUUGGAUUAGCGAAACAUCUCAACGGUCCAUCUGAAAAAUCCAAAGCAUCGACAGGCUGACAAGUGGACGGAGGGUGUUUGGCUCAUCACAAUUUCCCGACGAAAAGGAAAUGGCAAGAACAAAGAAGCACAGGAGCAAGGAUGGACGGGAGAAACCAAGAAAGAAUCGAGGAAGGAGAUGACAGAGAAUACCUAUUUAUGAUUAUGAAGAAUGAUGACAUGUCGAUUCUGUUCCUUCUUCAUGCAUAGCUAACUAAUUAUGGACGGAACUACGCCUGGUUGAGGAGGAAGCUAGCUGCGGAUGAAAAUGCAACCUUUACGAACUACGCCCUUUAGUCCCUUCAUGAUCUGAUAGAUUAAUGGCGAUACCAUUCCUAGAUUAAUGGCGAUACCAUUCCCUCUUAUUCUCCGAUGAUCAGUAGAGUUCAAUUAAUCUGUCCUGCUCAUGCUUCUGCGUCCUUUGAUCCUCCUAUAAGAUAACUAGUUAUGGACGGGACGGGACGGUAGAUCACAGACAAAUCUGCACUUGGAAACGGGUUGCCGGAGGAAAUUGAAAACACGAGUCACUCCAUGAAAUCGUCACUGAAUCUUCAAGCAUCUUCUCUAUUUAGGAAGUUCAGUUUGUCUCUUCUUUCUUUGCUUUUUUCUUCCCCACCCUUUUAACCUCGCUUCUUCGGAACAAGGACAUAAUCCACGCUGCAUUGGGCUGAUAUGGACAUCCUCCAAUCGGCGACGGUUCUCUGUUUCGCCUCGCAACAGAAACCAAUGACCACGGUCCAAGUGAGACGACCUCGUAAUCUCCGGUGCUGCGGCGGUCCUUUUGUGGCGCCCAGAGGUCUGACCCGCCAAUUGUUCGAUGAAAUACCUAUUUGGGACACAUUCGCUUGGAAUAAUCUUAUUCAAACCCAUCUCUCAAAUGGAGAUUUCGACAGUGUAUUAUCAACUUACGAUCAAAUGCUACUCCGCGGAGUUCAUCCUGAUAGACAUACUCUUCCUCGCGUGGUUGCUGCUACUCGUCUAUUGGGCGAUUUAUCCAUUGGUAGGCAGGUUCAUGGGCAAGCUCUGAAACUCGGAUUCUCCUCUGACCAGUACGCUAUUACCGCUUUGAUUGAGAUGUAUGGGCAUCUAGAUAGCGUGGAAAUGGCUAAGUUGAUCUUCGACAAGUCUCCCCACCGGAAUUUAGUGUCUUGGACGCUACUUGCUAGAUUAUACAUUGAUCAGGGAAAACCAAGUUCGACCCUUGAUUUAUUCCAUCAGAUGGUGGACCUCGGGGUGCCUAUUGAUCCAGUUGCCUUAGCAACAGCAACCAGUGCCUGUGGAUUGCUAAAAUCUCUGCAAAAAGGAAAACUUUUACACGAGAUUGCCAAGAAGUUUGGGUUAGAGUUUGAUGUUUUGGUAAGUAAUUCGCUCGUGAAAAUGUAUAUAGAUUGCGGCAGUUUAAAAGAUGCUCGGUUGAUGUUUGAUCAGAUGACUUUCAAGGAUGUUAUAUCAUGGACUUUAGUGAUUCGUUCGUAUGUGAGGAUAGGAGAAUUCAACGAAGGUCUCAAAUUAUUUCGACGGAUGAACUGGAAUGGUUUGAAGCCUGAUUCGCUUUCAGUCGCCAGCAUUCUCCCGGCUUGUGGUAGAAUCGCUUCCCAUAAACACGGUAAAGAAAUUCAUGGCUAUCUGCUUAGGAGCGGCAUUCAAUUAAACCUGAAGCUCAAGAAUGCACUUAUGGACAUGUAUGUGAAAUCAGGAGCUAUCGCAUGUGCUUCGAAUAUUUUCGCUGAACUGAAUGAAAAAGAUGUGAUUACAUGGACCGUGAUGAUAUUGGGCUAUAGCCUACACGGUCAAGGAAAGCUUGGAGUUGAUGUUUUCUGCCGGAUGGAGAAAAAUUCAAAGGCACACUUAGAUAAAACCACCUAUGCUGCUGUCCUUCAUGCAUGUAGCACCGCACGCUUGGUUGAGGAAGGCAAGUUUUACUUCAACCGCGUAAGGUCACCCACAGUGGCUCACUAUGCUUUAAUGGUUGCUCUGCUAGCCCGAGCUGGGCUUUUUAAUGAGGCGAUGGCCUUUAUUAAGGAACACAAUAUUGGAAAGCAUGCUGAGGUGCAGAGAAAAUUGCUAGAAGGGUGCCGGAUUCACCGACAACAUACUCUAGGGAAGCGAGUGGUUGAGCAACUUUGUGAUUUGGAACCUCUAAAUGCUGAUAAUUACGUGCUACUUCUGAAUUGGUAUGCUGGGAAUGCAAAGUGGCACAUGGUAGAUAAAUUAAGGGAAACGAUCAGAGAUAUGGGUUUGAAACCCAGAAAAGCCUAUUCUUGGAUCGUGUUCAGGAAUAAAGUUCAUGUCUUUGGAACGGGGGAUGUAUCGCACCCCAGAUCAGCGGGAAUAUACUCGGAAUUACAGCGUUUCGUGGAGGAGAUGAGUAUCCAAGGAAUUGAGCCCGCUUGGGAUUUCAACCUCCAUGACGUCGAUGAAGAGCGGGAGUGCAUUCCGAUUGGACACAGCGAACUAUUGGCAAUUUCCUUUGGACUUGUCAGUUCACGAGCAGGACCCAUACGUGUUACCAAAAACCUCACGGUAUGCCAUGGGUGCCACGAUUUUGCCAAGUUCGUUUCCAAGACCACCGGAAGAGAAAUCAUUCUCAAGGACCCAAACCUUUUUCAUCAUUUUAGGGACGGAUUCUGUUCGUGUGGGGACCUUUGGUAAACAAUAUUUUAAGCGUAA